CCGAGUCGUUCCAACGAGUCAACGAUUCAUCACAAUCAAACCAUCGAUAUAAUCAUCUGUACAGCACUUCAAUCCUUGUUGCACCGAGAAUACAUCUCCCCGAACCCAUUGCACCCACAUAUAAGCCUGCUUGGUCACGAGUCCGCCGUCUUUCCGAUCAUCGCCUGAUAGGACAACGUGGCUUGACCCUAGCGAGGAGAGCAAUGUGUUUCUGAUUGCUACCUACUCUGCCCUUCAACCAACAACACUCCCUCAACAUGGGCGUGUCAAUAUCAAAACUAUUCUCGGGGUUGAUCUGGGGUAAGAAAGAUAUCCGGAUUUUGAUUCUCGGACUGGACAAUGCGGGUAAGACUACACUGUUGUAUCGGUUAAAGAUUGGUGAAGUCGUCACAACUAUCCCAACAAUUGGCUUCAACGUUGAGUCGGUACAGUACGGAAACCUCAACUUUGAUGUAUGGGAUUUAGGUGGCCAGACCUCCAUCAGACCUUACUGGAGGUCAUAUUACGCCAAUACUGCUGCUGUUGUUUUUGUCAUUGACUCGACGGAUAUCGAGCGUCUGGAAAUAGCCGCCGAUGAAUUGAGAUCAAUGUUAAAUGAGGAUGAGCUCAAAGAUGCAGCUCUCCUAGUCUUCGCCAACAAGCAGGAUCAGGUAUGACUGGUCCAUGUUUCUCGAGUUGCACCAUACUGACAUAUCAUAGCCCGGAGCACAGGGUGCUGGAGAGAUCUCCGAGGCUCUGAAAUUGGGCGAACUCAGAGAUCGGAAUUGGAGCAUCGUCGCUUGCUCGGUCAUUGAUGGCAAAGGCAUCAACGAUGGCAUGGACUGGCUUUCGCAAACGGUUCAAUCUGAAUCAUAACGAUGUACUUGAUAUACCCAUGGAUUACUGGCGCCCUAUAACAUACAUACAGACUGAAGGCACUUGUUUGAAUCUAUCCCUCCUUUGGUCAUGUUUGGGCAACUUUGGCAAGCCAAUGAGCCAACUCCACCCCCAGUCGAAUUGGUUGAUCGUAUUGAAUAAGAUGUCCCGCCUCCUCAACGAUCACCACUUGAUCAGUGCCAAUCAUGCCGGCCAACUUUGAUGCAGUCUCGACCGGAAUCCAACCGUCCUGUUUGCCCCAGAUGAUCUUCACCGGCAUCUUCUUCCCAAUCUCGCUAUAUCUUGAUUCCACCUCGGCUACAUGCUUCUGGUCGGCCUGACGAAUCUGGCGGAGAAAUCCUCCUUUGCACUGCAUACCCUUCUUAGUCCAUGGAAAGGUCAGGAGAUCUUCAACGUCCUUGGCGAGAGGUUUGAAUGCUGCGCCUUGGAUGUAGGAGCGCACCAUGCCUUCAGCUAUUGGAUCUGGGAUGGCGUUGAAGAUGUCAGGAUGUGAGCCGAUCAGCUUGAAAAAGGGUGAGCCAAAUGGUCGGACGGCGACGACGUCGACCAAGCAUAGACUAGCAUAGUCGCAUCCAUGAAGGAGAUUGGCCCUGAGAGAGAUCAAGCCACCUACAUCGUGGGUGAUGAUAUGAGGAGGUUGUGACAAGUUCCAGUGUUUGAACAGAUGAGCGAAUACCUCGGACUGAGUGGCCAGAGAAGCAUCCAGCUCGUGUCUGCCUGAUAUCGACGCUCCUGCGAGUGACACGCCAUACCCUGGGUUAUCAAAUAGGUGCACUUUAUAGAAAGGAGCCAGCGCUUCGGCGUAAGGCAGCCAGACCCUGUGUGACCAUGGUGUACCGUGUAUGAAUAUGACUGGUGGGCCUUGCGGAUUCCCGAAACUCAUAUACUUGAGGUUGAAUUCAUGGGUUUUUGUGCUGAAGGCAUAGUAGCUUGCAGUGCUGGCUUCCAUUUGUGAGUUCGUUCCUCUCUUCGUCUGUUAGUAGAGAGCCACAGUGCUUCCUUGAAGAUAAUCUUCCCCCAUGUCAAGUGCC